CGUAACGCGGGUGCACUAGCUGGUGUAGCGGAGGUGCCCGUUAGCCGUGCACAGGUAGACUGGGAAGGCGGCGCUCACUAGUCCCAGUGCACCGGUCAAACGCUGACAGGAGGGCAUCUGGGAGCGUGCAGGUUGGUUGGAUGGUGUGAGCUUUAACGAGAACAUCACGAUCUCUUGGCUGGCUAACACCUCCUCCCUCUACCCCUACAAACACGCCCUCCCACCUCUUUUUUUAAAUUUAUGUAUUUCGGAAUGGAUGGCCGCUCAGCUCACUGAACUACAGAGAUUGUAUUGUUAUUCCUUGGAAAACUACUUUUUGAUUGUUGUUGAAACGUAACUGAAGCGGCGUCCUGGGCUUAUUUGGGAAGACGAUCUGCCAGCUAUUUUUUUCUCCCCUCGUCCAAUGUUUUCCUCUUCACCUUCCCCAAAUCUCCUUCGCUGAGAAUACCAGCUGAAGAACAUGCCGACUCACAGGAUAUCUGGAUAUGUUUGGGCGAUCUGCAUUUGGGCAGCGUUCUGCAUAAGAGAAAGUCACCAGGGUGAAUACCAAAGGAAAUUAUACAAAGAACUUAUGAAGAACUACAAUCGCCUGGAGCGUCCCGUAAUGAACGACUCACAGCCGCUGCUGGUGGAACUGGGGAUGACUUUGCUGCAAAUCAUUGAUGUGGACGAAAAGAACCAAGUACUGAUGACAAACGCAUGGCUACAGCUGCACUGGACAGACAUCUACCUAACAUGGAAUCACACAGAAUACCCUGGGGUUCAAAACUUGCGUUUCCCGUCUGAUCAGAUCUGGGUUCCAGACAUACUUCUUUACAACAGUGCCGAUGAACGGUUUGAUGCCACUUUCCACACCAAUGUCCUUGUGAACUCUUCAGGCACGUGUCAAUACAUCCCUCCAGGUAUUUUGAAGAGUACCUGCUACAUUGAUGUCCGUUGGUUUCCAUUUGAUAUUCAAAAGUGUGACUUAAAAUUUGGUUCUUGGACAUACAAUGGAUGGCUUCUGGAUUUGCAAAUGCUGGAAGUUGAUAUUUCAACGUAUAUACCAAAUGGAGAAUGGGACUUAGUAGGGGUCCCAGGAAAACGGAACGAGCUCUAUUACGAAUGCUGCAAGGAACCCUACCCUGAUGUGACUUUCACGGUGACAAUUCGCAGGCGAACGCUGUACUACGGCCUCAAUCUGCUCAUUCCUUGUGUCCUCAUAUCAGGCCUGGCGUUGUUAGUUUUUCUGUUACCUGCUGACUCUGGAGAAAAAAUUUCAUUAGGGAUCACUGUACUGCUGUCUUUAACGGUCUUUAUGCUUUUAGUGGCUGAGAUUAUGCCAGCUACAUCCGACUCUGUCCCACUUAUAGCUCAGUACUUUGCAAGCACCAUGGUAAUUGUGGGCCUGUCUGUUGUGGUUACGGUACUCGUGCUUCAGUUUCAUCACCAUGACCCUCACGCAGGAAAAAUGCCAAGACUGGUGAGGGUGGUCCUCUUGAAUUGGUGUGCUUGGUUUCUGAGGAUGAAAAAGCCGGGAGAAGACAGAAAGCACUUUGCCUACAAAUAUAACCAGCAUCCCCACCACUCCAGUGCCAGUAGUAUUGAAAUGAAUGCCAUUCAUGGACAGCAGUCGAGCAAUGGAAACAUGAAUAUCUACUUUGGGUACCAUACCAUGGAAAAUCCUUGCUGCCCACCUCCCAGUAGUGAUUCCGGUGUGAUGUGUGGCCGGACCACGAGCUCACCUACAGAGGACCACGAAACCAUUCACACUCGAACACUCUCAGAGAGUAUUCCCGAAAUCGCUAAAAUCCUGGAAGAAGUUCAGUACAUUGCCAGACGAUUCAGAGAUCAGGAUGAAGGAGAAGCGAUCUGCAGCGAAUGGAAGUUUGCCGCGGCUGUGGUCGACAGAUUGUGUCUCGUGGCUUUUUCCCUUUUCUCGAUCAUCUGCACCUUCACAAUAUUGAUGUCGGCCCCAAAUUUUAUAGAAGCAGUUUCCAAGGACUUUACAUAAUGCAAUAAAUAAUAGGAGCUCUGUGGAAAACAAAAAAA